AUGUUUAAUGUUCCAAGAAUUCAUUAUAAUCAAAAGACUAAAAACACGCCAUUCGACAAACAUUCGACAAAAUUUGACAUGUUUUGUCUAAUAUUUACCGAUUAUUGCUCGAAUGGCAUGUUGGAUGACAGCAUAGUGGCAGUCGAACGCGAUGUUAUAAUAGCAUUAUUGUUAUUAGGGAUGUGCUAUUAG